AUGACAGCCAGUAUUUCUCAGAAGCAAACCCGCGGCAGGCUCCGCGAUGUUAUACCAGAGGCAUAUCUUGGUGCUUAUUCACCAGGUCCUAAGAAUGGCAUCACAGACGUACCUGGUGUCCUUGCCCAUACGACCACUAUCCGCGAUGAGAGCGGGCAAAUCAACACGGGAUUAACGACUAUCCUCCCUCGGAAAGACUGGUUUCAUAAAGCCUGCCACGCUGGUGUCUUCCGCCUCAAUGGAUCGGGAGAAAUGACUGGGACACACUGGAUCGAAGAAAGCGGUCUCUUACACACGCCUAUCCUCAUAACCAAUAGCUUCGCCGUGGGACCAUGCUAUACCGGCAUCUACAAGUACGCAAUCAAGCAUUACGGGCAAGGUGAGCAGGGUGUUGAUUGGUUCCUGCUACCAGUCGUCGCUGAGACAUUUGACGGGCACUUGAACGAUUUGAGACAUUUUGCUGUGACGCCGGAACACGUUGUGGAUGGCAUCACUAAUGCUUCUGAGGAACAGAUUGCCGAAGGGAACGUGGGCGGCGGGACAGGCAUGAUGUGUCAAGGGUGGAAAGGCGGCACUGGUACCAGCAGUAGAAUUGUGGUCGGGGAGAACGACACAUCUUAUACUGUUGCCGCACUUGUCCAGGCCAACUAUGGGAGACUCCAGCAUCUGCACAUAUCAGGUGUCCCAGUUGGACGGAUCCUGCAAAAGAGAAAUGCAAACAAUACCGCCGCCGCAGCGCAUGAUAAAGAGUACGAUGAGGCAAAAGACAAAAAGGAUGGGUCCAUCAUCGUGAUCAUCGCGACGGAUGCGCCGCUUCUUCCUGGUCAGCUCCAGCGGUUGGCCAAGCGCGCGACCAUGGGCCUUGCACGCGUGGGCAGCUAUGCUCACAACCCUUCUGGAGAUUUAUUUCUUGCUUUUUCCACAGCUACUGAGAUACCCGUGCAGACAGUUACGGGCCAGCACAGGGCCGUUGAUCCGUUCAAGCCUGGGCUCAUCAACAUGGAAGCGACGGAUAACCAAACUAUCAAUGGCCUCUUUGAAGCAACAGCGGAUGCUACAGAAGAGGCUAUAUACAAUGCACUCUGUAUGGCUGAGACGAUGACGGGCAAUAUGGGACGUACAGUUGAAGCGCUACCAUUGGAAGCUACCAGGGAAAUCAUUGUAAAGUUUAAGGAAGCCGAGGAUUCGUUCAUGUAA